AUGUAUGUGAAAUGGUUUGAUACAGUAAUGUUUUACUAUGUGAUUUUAGUGAUUUUAGCGAAUGUCACUUUUUGUCAUUUUUGGAUUUCCCGCCGUUCCGUCCCCCGUACGUCCCAACGUCGCAGGAAACGGAACCCAGAAGACAGAUGCCGGCAUCCAUCGGAUUACAUUGCCGGGGACACUGCAGGAGGGACAUCGUGGGAGAGCAGGACAAGGUAAGUCAAGGUAAGUGAUCGAGGGAUCAUGGAGCAGCGCCGCAUAGUAUUCCUGAGUGUAGCUCGGGGUUACCACUUGUGCUACACUCGGGAAUACCGCCAGGGAGGUUA